UAGUUGUCAAUUAUAGAUACAUGACGAUGCAUUUCAAUUUUCAUCGGCGUCCAGCUCCAGCCAGCCAGCUGCUUGAUGAUCAAUCCAUCUUCCUUCGGAACACACAUCCGCACAUUUGAUUCGAUUUGAUUAUUAUUAGUACCACCUCGCCCAGCGACGAACUCGUCACCCACCUUAUAAUAUCUCCGCGCUUCGUCUUCCUCCUCCGAGGACUCGCUGCUAUAUAAUCCUCUCUUCUUCUCCCCUGCGCUUCCUCUCCUCUUCUUCUUCUUCUUCUUCUUCUUCUUCUUCCCCUCCGGCCGGUCAUCUCCCACCGACCUCCGAAUCCCGGCCAUCUCAGGCCGCCGCUACACAAUCACAUACAUGAAGUCGCGGCUGUAGCUAGCAGCGGUAAGAAAUGCAGAGGCUCAGUAGCAGCAGGGGCGGCGGCGAUCAAUCCACGGCGACGGCCACGGCGGCGCCAUCGCCGUCGUCGUCGUGCGACAUCAUCGCCGGGCUGGACGAGGUGAUCCCGGCGAACGGGCAGCUGAUGAAGCCGGGCAAGGCGGCCACGGCCUCCGUGUACCGGGCCAAGCUGGCGGGGCACGCGCGGGUGGUGACGCUCUCCUGGUCGCGGCACGCCUUCUCCGUCUCCGUCUCCGGCGCCGACGGCUCCUCCGCCUCCUGCAAGGUGGAGCUCCGCCGCUCGCCAUGGCAGUACUUCUGGAAUCCCCGCCGCCAAAGCUCCUCCGGCGCCCGCCGUCUCGACCUCGGCGACGGCUCCACCCCCCUCCGCGUCCUCUGGGACCUCCGCCGUGCCCGCUGGCACCACCACGGGCACCACGGCGAGCCGUGCGGAGGGAGCUACUACGUGGCCCUGGAGGAAGAUUCCGUUGCCGGCGGUGGCGGCGAGGUCGUCUUCCUCGUCUCCGGCGGCUCCGACCCGAAUAAAAUGGCCGCCUUGGCCCCCGUGGCGCGGCGGGAGCACGUUUUCGGCCGCCGCGGUCGGUUCGCGGCCAAGGCGCGCUUCGGCGAGGAAUCGACGGAGCACGAGAUCGCGAUCGAGAUCGACGGCGGCGGCCAUGGCGGAGGGGAUGAGCCGGAGAUGGAGGAGAUGAGGAUCGGGAUCGACGGGGAAGAGGCGGCGGUGGUGGUGAAGCGGCUGCGGUGGAAGUUCCGGGGCAACCAGAGCGUCACCUUCGGCAAGGCCAAGGUCGAGGUCUACUGGGAUGUCCAUGACUGGCUUUUUACUGAAGGAGCUGGCGUUGUGAGGCCGGCGCUGUUUAUCUUCAGACCCAUCGUCCUCUCCAGCUCCGGCGAUGGCGCCGCCGCCGCCAAUGCCGCCGCCGGUGCCGGGUUCUGCCUCUACCUCUACGCAUGGAAGCUCGACUAGCUUGCUGCUGCUCAUGAUUCCAUGGAUGGACACCAGCCAUGAUCCUUGCAUGGAUGGUUGCAAACAAUUUUUCUUGUAAUUCCUUUUUGGGAAAGAUAUACAUAAUUGAAUAUAAUUCUUUUUAAUUUCUUCUUCCAAA